AUGAGUGUUCAAAAACCUGUCCGCCGCCUGACCGCGCCGCAAAUCGCGAAACGCAAGGGCGGGGAUCCCAUCGUCUCGUUGACGUCCUAUCAUGCGCAUACGGCCGCCAUCGUCGAUAACUACGCCGAUUUCAUUCUCGUUGGCGACAGCCUUGGGAUGGUCAUGCACGGAAUGGAAUCGACGGUCGGUGUCACGCUCGAUCUGAUGAUCAUGCACGGCAAGGCGGUCGUCCGCGGCACCAAGAAAGCGCUUGUUGUUGUCGACAUGCCCUUUGGCACUUAUGAGGAAAGUCCUUCAGAAGCUUUCCGCAACGCAGCACGCGUCAUGAAAGAGACCCAAUGCGGCGCGGUAAAGCUGGAAGGUGGUGUCCGCAUGGCCGAAACCAUUCGCUUCCUCACUGAGCGCGGAAUUCCCGUGAUGGCUCAUAUCGGCCUGACGCCGCAAUCGGUCCACGUCAUGGGCGGUUUCAAGACGCAAGGAAGGCACGAGGAUGACUGGGACCAGCACUUCGAGGACGCAUCAGCUGUUACCGAAGCAGGUGCAUUUUCGGUUGUCCUGGAAGGUAUGGUUGAACCGCUUGCCGCGCAGAUCACCAGGGAAAUCCCGAUCCCGACCAUCGGCAUAGGCGCAUCCGCAGACUGUGAUGGCCAGAUCCUGGUGCUGGAGGAUAUGCUUGGCCUCAAUCCGGCACCGCCCAAAUUCGUCAAGGUCUACGGCAAUCUUGGUGGCCAGAUCGAGGCAGCGGUGAAAGCCUAUUCGGACGAGGUCAAGGACCGCAAGUUCCCCGCCGAGGAUCAGGUGUAUCGUUGA